UCGAGCGCAGUACCUGGAAGGGGAGAGGAGAAGAUGAAACGUAGCUGUUCCUUGAGGGUAGGAGUGAUGCAUGCUCUGUUGCCUGGCAGGACGUUAACAGCGUAUAUAAAGCCACCAGGAAUGCGAAACGGGAAUCAUACCAACUGGAGUCAUGCCCCAGUAUUACUACUUAAGCACUGCACAAACUCAGUAAGUUCAUGGGACCUUCAAUCUUCUGCAUCCUUUAAGUCACAAAUAAACUGCGGACAUACUAUUAACUGCGCGCAUGGAUUACGCAGGGGGGGAAAGAGCCGUUAUGGACUUCCUGCACCAACAGAGCACAAGCACGGCGAUAAUCAGCGUAUCGAUUGUCAUUGAUCACUGUGGAUUUGUUAUUAACUUAGUGAGUGCAGAAAAAUUCUGUCAAGUGGAUGCAGUUUUUGAAGAACAAAAGAGCAAAUGAUUAAAUGCACAACGCGUAGGGCAUUCAUGGACAUGUAAAGCAUUACGCAUUGGACAGUUUCAGAAGUGCAUUGUUCAGCUGGACUGAGAAAAUGGGCUCGUUUGGCACGGCAGUGCGCGGUGUUAAUUACACAGAAGCAGCUGAUGUGAUCCAACCAGAAGAUCCAUUUUCCGGACCCGUGAAAUCCAUUGCUCCGUGGAACUUUAAAGUGCUGGCAGCAUGGAUGGUCGUGAUCACGUCGCUGUCUCUGUCCGAGAACUUUCUGGUUAUGUUGGUUACCUACAAGUUUAAACAACUCAGACAGCCGUUAAACUUUCUCAUUGUUAAUUUAUCGCUGGCAGACUUUUUCAUGUCACUGAUCGGUGGGACUUUAAGUGUUGUCACAAAUUACCGUGGCUAUUUUUUCUUGGGGUCCUGGGCGUGCGUGCUGGAGGGAUUUGCGGUCACUUUUUUCGGUAUAGUGGGUAUGUGGUCCCUGGCUACCCUUGCAUUUGAGAGAUACUUUGUUAUCUGUCGUCCAUUGGGAAAUGUCCGUCUGCAGGUUAAACAUGCAGUACUGGGACUGCUGUUUGUCUGGACCUUCUCUUUUAUCUGGACCAUCCCACCUGUACUGGGCUGGAGCAGCUACACAGUCAGCAAGAUCGGCACCACCUGCGAACCCAACUGGUACUCUGGUGACCCGCAUGACCAUACUUUCAUUAUCACGUUCUUUCUCACCUGUUUCAUCUUGCCUCUGGCUGUCAUCAUUGUGUGUUACAGUAAAUUGCUGCGCAAGCUGAGAAAGGUGUCCAACUCUCAUGGCCGGUUGGUGAAUGCCCGGAAGCCUGACCGACAGGUGUCUCAUAUGGUAGUGGUGAUGAUUGUAGCCUUCGUGGUGGCCUGGACACCAUACGCACUGUUCUCUUUCAUCGUUACUGUUCACCCCACCAUCUACUUAGACCCUAUAAUGGCUGCUGUUCCUGCUUUCUUUGCAAAAACUGCUGCUGUCUACAACCCCAUCAUCUACGUCUUUAUGAACAAACAGUUCAGGAAGUGCCUGAUUCAACUGCUCAGCUGCAGCGGCAACACCACAGUAGAGGUGAACCAGUCUACUGACCGAGCAGGCAUGAUCGGUGUCCUGCGAUGUACUGGCAUGGUCCCACCUUGCUCCCAGGAUUCCUGGGAUAGGCUCCGGAUCUACUUUGAACCUGCCCAGGAUAAAGCGAUUAUUGAAGAUGAAUGAAUGAAUGAUGUUUAUUUAAAUUUAAUGUAGAAUUUAGGUUUAGCAGUUAUUUUAGCUCUAUAACAUUGACUCAAUGUUAUACUUUAAUAUAUAUUAUGCUUAAUGAAUUUUCUUCAAAUAUAAUGAAAAGCCAAGCACUGGCUUACUGGGCUUUUUCACUACUUGGUCAUCGAUUAGCCUUACUGAUUUACACCAUAGUUCAGUCUUACAGAUGGUGUGGAUCCAUACAAACUCUGAUACUAAGUGGAGUAAUGCUGUAAAAUAUAUUCAAGAUAAUUUCACUUGCUAACAUAACAUUAUUUGCAAUUAAAUAUCUCAGAACA